UCUAAGUAUUGUCAAUACCGUCUUGGAUCAAACAAGGCAGCAAACAUGGCACUAUCUGACUAUGUUUUACCUGGUUUUGCAUAUCCAGAAGGAAUGAUUCGAGCAGCGCCUUUUGAGUAUGGGUCAAGUGAGUAUUCACCCCAAACCACGAUGUAUACAGCCUCAGUGAGUGGAAUUCCCCCUAUACUUGCAUCCUGUCCUUCAGAAGCUGAGGUGAAACGUAUUGAGGAGAAGUUCGACAACUGGAACUGCAGCGCCCACUCACUGCCGCGAUCGUAUGGACCGGGGAGAAGAUUUAUGCCUCGGGGAUUCGCGCAUCAGUGCACAGUAUUAUCCGUGGCGACUGCUCUCUACCAGUGGGUCGCAUCUGGUAUCAGUAGACUUUUUCAACCAUUUCAACCGGACUCCCGAACAGAAGAUGAGGUGACAGAGACAAGAAAUACGUCACAACCACCACCAGCUGGGAGGAGACAGAGGAGGCGGAGGAGACGUUGA